AUGGGAAUCCAAAUGUGCGCCAAGAAGGACCUCACGGACAACGAUCGAACUGCAAUCCUACAGCAGCUUCUCGCGCGGAUGACGUCGCCGUCUCCUUUGGUGUUGACCGAAGCAUGGUUCGCCGAAUCUGGCACCGAGAUGCAGUCGACCUGUCCGACAAGCUUCCCCCGUGCCAGUCUGAACCUCAAGCACGACUCUGUUGCUGCCUGUCUCAAACUCGUGCCCAAGGCUCGACGGACAACAUUUGGGUCCAUCGCUGCCGCCGUGGGCAUCGAUUAA